AUGUUGUUUAAGUCGAAACAUCCGGAUGUCGAGGUUCCUGAAGACAUCACUGUCUGGCAUUGGCUCUUCGAAUCCCCAGAAUUUUCCCUUCUUCACAAACUAAAGCCGAGCGAGUUAGCCGGGUAUACCAAUGCUGCGACCAAAGAGAGGGUCAACUGGGCCCAAGUAAAGGAAAUUGCAACGUAUGUGAGCACCGCAUUGGUGAAGAAAUACGGCAUGAAAGAGGAAGAUACGAUAUCGCUAUUCAGCCAGAAUACAAUCUGGUAUCCUGUGGCUAUGUUUGCCGGGAUCAGGGCCGGCGGCAAGGUGGCGGGAGCUUCUCCGGCAUACAACGUUGAGGAGAUGUCAUACGCCCUCAAAAAGGCCGAGACGAAAUUCCUCAUGACAGGCCCAAAUUCAUUACAGGUUGCCGUGGCUGCUGCUAAGAAUGCUGGCAUUCCGCAGGAGCAUGAUCUUGAAAGGAUCGGGAAGAGCCAUGGCGAGCAAGGCCAGAUUCCACCGCAUUCGAUUCCGAGAGGGAAGACGAACAAGGAUCUUUGCGGGUUUUUGAACUUUUCCAGCGGAACAACUGGGUUGCCGAAGGCUGUUAUGCUCUCGCACUACAAUGUAAUAGCCCAAUGCUUGCAAAUGAAGACCAUCACCCCCCCUGGAUCAAAAACUUAUCUUGGAGCCUUGCCGCUGUUCCACAUCACGGGCCUUAUCCGAUUCUGCAACAGCCCAGUGCAUCAAAACGACGAAGUAAUUCUCCUCCCGCAGUUUACAAUGGAACUCACCCUCAAAUCCGUCGUCGAAUACCAAAUCACCGAACUCAUCCUCGUCCCACCAAUCGUCAUCCGCUUCACCCAGGACAAAAUCGUAGACCAGUAUGACCUAUCCAGCGUAAAGCGCAUAUCCUGUGGCGCGGCGCCUCUUAGUAAAGAAGUGAUUCAAUUGCUUGCUAAGCGAUUUCCCGAUGUAGGAUUUAGACAAGGGUACGGGAUGACCGAGUCAUGCGGCUGUCUCUCAUCGCACUCUGAAAAAUACUCUAGCUAUGACUAUGCGGCGACGGUAGGCGACUUGAUCCCGUCGACCGAAAUCAAAAUUGUCAACGACCAAGGGAAAGAACUGGGAUAUAAUAAACCCGGUGAAAUUCUCGCCAAGGGCCCGCAAAUCGCAAUGGGAUAUCUGGGAAAUGAGGGCGCGACAGCUGAGUCCUUUGACCAGGAUGGCUUUUUCCAUACAGGAGAUAUUGGCAGCAUGGAUGAGGAAGGGCUUCUCUCAAUAGUUGAUCGGAUCAAGGAAAUGAUCAAAGUGAAAGGAAUCGCCGUUGCGCCGGCGGAACUGGAGGAUCUGCUCCUGGGCCACCCGAAUGUAUCUGACGUUGCUGUUCUCGGCAAACAAGACGACUAUGCAGGUGAACGGCCAAAGGCACACGUUGUCCUUAAACAAGGCGUGGAGAGAUCCGAGGCAGUUGGUCGGGAGCUGAUACAGUAUGUUAAGGAGAGGAAGGUUAGGUUUAAAUGGGUGAACGAGAUCGAAUUUACGGAUUCCGUGCCGAAGAGCGCCAGUGGGAAGAUUUUGCGACGAGUGCUAAAGGAAAGGGAGAGGAGCGGGUUGAGAGGGUUUGUAGUCCGUGAGAACAAAAAGGCGAGGGCGAGAUUAAUUCUUAAGACUCUCGCUGUUCUUGAUGCAUAUUUUGAAGCGCGUCUUGACCGUUUGUGA